AUGAUUCUCUCUCUCUCUCUUUCUCUCUCUCUCUCUCAUUUCUCCUUACCUUUUUUUGUAGCGCAUACACCAAAGGGAUGCCUCGAUCUUUUUGAUUUUCUUUCGACUUUUCCUCUUCUUUUCGGCGACUUGCAUCUCUCUCACGAUUUCUUUCAUUCUCCCGCAUUUUAUCGACUUCUAAUUUUUUCUCUCGCCGCCUUUUUCUUUCGCGGUCUUUUAUCCGUUUCCUUCGCAUUCUUCUACGCCUUUCCUCGUUCUUCUUCACAGCGUCGCUUUUCUCCGCCGCCGCCGCCGCCACCGGCCGCUGCUUUUUUCAAUCUGGCCUUUUUGUCUAUCCUCUUUUCUUCCACUGUCCGUCUUUUUUGCUACUCUCAUUGCAAACGAGUACGAUUCUCGACAAUCACCUUUUUGUCACCUUUCCUCUCCUCUUUCUUUCUCAUUUUAUGUGAUCUCUUUCUUCUUCUUUUUCUUUUCUCGAAUGUUAGUCAAUUUCAUUCAUUCAUUCUUACUUUUAGUUUUAUUUUCUUUCUUUGCAACAAAAUUGGCCAAGCACAUUGGUCGGACAACUUUCUCCUUUCUGUCUUUUUUAACUCUCCUACCCGGCAAUUUCUCUUAGGUACUAUUCCUUACCGUUUUAUACCCAUUCCCUCCCACUAA